GUUGGGGUUGGACCGUGUCCUCACAUGGGCGAGAGGAUUAGAUGAGGAAGGGUGUUCUAUCCCGCAGCUGUGUGGUCUGAGCGGCAGGAAAGCACGGAGCACGCAGAGAGAAUUCCCCAUCUGUCCUGUCUCCCGUCCGUCCAUCCGCACGCAGACGCACCGCUGCACGGAGCGCAGACGUGACUGUGGAGAGCUACGCCGGCCUGAGAACAGCAGAGUGGACCCUCUCUCUGUCUCUCUCUCUCUCUCUCUCUCUCUCUCUCACUCCCCCUCUCUCUCUCUCUCUCUCUCUCUCUCUCUCUCUCUCUCUCUCUCUUUGCUCUAAGCAUGAAGUUUGCAUGUCUGCUCAUGCUGCUGGUCUCUUGUGCCGUCUCGUCCCAUGGUCUGCGAGGGCGUGUGCAACGCGACCGCCGCAACAUUCGUCCCAACAUCAUUCUCAUCAUGACUGACGACCAAGACGUGGAGUUGGGCUCCCUGCAGGUCAUGAACAAAACCCGCCGGAUCAUGGAGGGGGGGGGCACCUCCUUCACUAACGCCUUCGUCACCACGCCCAUGUGCUGCCCGUCGCGCUCGUCCAUGCUGACGGGGAAGUACGUGCACAACCACAACACCUACACCAACAACGAGAACUGCUCCUCUCUCUCCUGGCAGGUCCAGCACGAGCCGCGAUCCUUCGCCGUGUAUCUCAACAACACGGGAUACAGGACAGCAUUCUUCGGGAAGUACCUCAAUGAAUACAAUGGCAGCUACAUACCCCCUGGCUGGCGGGAGUGGGUGGGGCUCAUCAAAAAUUCCCGUUUCUAUAAUUACACGGUGUGUCGGAAUGGUUACAAGGAAAAGCACGGAGCAGACUAUGCCAAGGAUUACUUCACAGACCUGAUCACCAACGACAGCAUCAGCUUCUUCCACACGUCGAAGCGGCUGUACCCCCACCGGCCUGUGCUUAUGGUGAUUAGUCACUCAGCACCUCACGGACCUGAAGACUCGGCCCCACAGUAUUCCCAUUUCUUCCCGAAUGCCUCCCAGCACAUCACACCUAGCUACAACUACGCCCCCAACAUGGACAAACACUGGAUCCUGCAGUACACUGGACCCAUGAAGCCUGUACACAUGGAGUUCACCAACGUCCUGCACAGGAAGAGACUCCAGACACUGAUGUCCGUGGAUGACUCUGUGGAGAAGAUAUACAACACACUGGUGAAUACAGGCGAGUUGGACAACACCUACAUCAUCUACACAGCUGACCACGGUUAUCACAUCGGCCAGUUUGGUCUGGUCAAAGGGAAGUCCAUGCCAUAUGACUUCGACAUUCGGGUGCCUUUCUUUGUCAGGGGACCCAACGUGGAGCCCGGAGCCAGGAACAGCCAUCUUGUUCUGAACGUUGAUCUGGCACCUACCAUCCUGGACAUUGCUGGCCUGGACAGUCCAGCCGAUAUGGACGGCAAGUCCAUACUGAAGCUCCUGGAGCAGGAGAAGACUGGCAAUAGAUUCAAACCAAACCGGAAGCCAAAGGUCUGGAGGGACACGUUCCUGGUGGAGAGAGGCAAAAUCCUGCGUAAGAAAGAAGAGUCAGUAGGGGGUGCUGUGGGCCUGGCGCAUGCAAACAGCCUGCCCAAAUACAAGAAGGUGAAAGAGAUGUGUGAGCAGACAGAGUUUCAGACAGCCUGCGAACAGCCUGGACAGAAAUGGCAGUGUGUGGUGGACGUGAUGGGGAAGUUGCGUCUGCAGAAGUGCAAGGUCUCUCUGAAGCGCGUACGGAGCCUGCGUUCUCGCAGCUACGAUGGGCGGUACCGAUGCCGCUGCGCAGACCGCCCCUUCCACACACCAAAGACGGAACGCCGGGACCGUGGACACCUCCACCCACAGAGCACUGGGACACGCUUCCGGCCACGGUUCGUGCACACGCGUCCUGUGCGCUCUCUCUCAGUGGAGUUCGAGGGUGAGAUCUACACCGUGGACCUGCACGAGGACGGCAAGACGGUGAUGGAGCCGCGGCCAAUCAGAAAACGGCACUACGAGGCUACUGAGGACUUCACUCUGGGAUCAGACGACGCCUCUGAGGAGAUGUGGGCUGAUGACUCUAAUGCCGUGGGCUACCCCAACUCUCUCAGAGUCACACACAAGUGCUCUAUCCUGCUGAAUGACACUGUGCACUGUGAGAGGGAGAUCUACCAGUCUUCCAAAGCUUGGAAAGACCACAAGAGUUUUGUGGACCAAGAGAUCGAGCUGCUCCAGGACAAGAUGAAGAAGUUACGUGAGGUCAGAGGUCACUUAAAAAGCAGAAAGCCAGAAGACUGCGACUGUGGCAAAAAGAGAGCCCCCAUGCAGGAGGCGGACAGCAAGGCUCAGCUCUACAGCGAGGUCCGCCGAAGAAAGAAAGGGAGGAAGGAGAGGAAGAGACAGAAGAAGGGAGACAACUGCAGUCUGCCUGGACUCACGUGCUUCACACACAAUAAUGACCACUGGCAGACUGCCCCCUUCUGGAACUUGGGAGGGUUCUGUGCCUGCACCAGCUCCAAUAACAACACAUACUGGUGUCUGAGGACCAUUAACGACACCCACAACACACUCUUCUGUGAGUUUGCCACCGGCUUUCUGGAGUACUUCGAUCUGAACAGUGACCCUUACCAGUUGACCAAUGCUGUUUACACGGUGGAGAGAGGGGUCCUGAACCAGCUUCACCUACAGCUGAUGGAGCUGAGGAGGUGUCAGGGUCAUAAGCAGUGCAACCCCAGACCCAAAGGCCCCGACACAGAGAGCGGCCUGUCUGGGACGGACGGAGGGGUUAAGCCAGACAGCUUCUUGGAGGACGUGGACUGGCAGGGACUGGCGCAGCUGUAUAGUGUGAAUGAGAGUGUGUUUGAGCCCAGGCAGGACUAUGGUCCCAGCCUGGACAACUGGACCAACUUUGGGAAGGACGUAGAUCGUGUGUUUGCACUUCUGAGCAGUUUAAAGAAACUGAACCAAACCAGUGAGCUGUACUCGGGAGCAGAGCUGGGCUCCGGGGCAGAUCUGGGCUCUGGGGCCAAGGGCCAGGAGGAGGAGAGUGGAUCAUGGGAAUCGUGGCCCCCUGUGUUCACCCCAGGCCCUCCAAGCCUGACCACCACCCCUAGGGGCUUUCUCAGGUCUGACAACGAUCUCCCAGAGGGCCUCCCCACUGAGCCGACCCCUGACCGGAGUCUUUCUCGGGGACACACACACGUUCAGUUCCUGGAGGCCAAGCUAGUCGCUGAUGAGAUGGCCUUCAGUGGCAACGGCCUCACUGAGCUGGAGAGCCACCACGAUCUCCUGCUGUGGGGUUCCAACAGCUUGCAGGGUGAGCUGGAUCUCAGCCAGGCUGUGGAGCACCAGGUCAAGGACAAAGAGGACAUGUUUCAGGCCCAGGGCUUCCUGCCCUUCGUCCCCCAGGCGGCCCAGGCCCCCGCACAGGCUAGGGAGGACAGUCACGUGCCCAGAGACCCUCAGGACACACAGGUAGCAGAGGGAGGUGGCCUGUCUCCUGUACGCUCCAGCACAGCCCUCUGAUGAAGGCCGAGGGACUCCAAACCGCAGAUCUGGGACUGCCUCUCUAUUAGAUCGCUACUAGAAAUCGUAGUGUUAUCAUUUUAUUUUUUUACAGGUGCUUCUGUUGAUUAGAAAUCAGUGUUAAGUUUUUUGCAAGAUUUAUAUAUAUAGAAAGAGAGCUUGAGAGGGUUAAUGCAUCUUAACUGCUGGGUUUAUGUUUUAAAAUGUUUUACAUUUCGUGAGAAGAAUGCAGACAAAUUGUUUUAAUGUAUUUUUUAAAGAAAAAAUAAUUAUAUUGAUAGAAUCAUUGCACUGGCUCAUGAGUCACUUCAGUACAAGUGUCCCAAUAGUGAAGGGAACUUUGACAAAGUUUCCACCCAUGAUGCAGACUGGAUGUCUGAGCCACACACUGGUAAUGCUGACCUUUAGCCUCUGGGGUACAAAGUACCAGAAAGAUAUGAAUUACUGCUCCUGAGUGAGGUACUCGUACAGUACUGAUAUGAAAUACUGCUCCUGAGAGAGGUACUGAAACAGUACUGAUGUUCACACUUUACCCUUCUUCAUUCUGUUUAAUGAAUCGUGUUUAUAGAGUCAUGUGUUAGUGUCUGACUAAAGGGGAUCUGUCUGGUUCUUUGUUGCACAGAACAGAUGUUCAUGUCAUGUUCUUGGUUGAUUAGUUAUGGAUCACACUGCGGAGAGCAUCAGUCACACACCUUAACAGUUUGUUUGGCUCAGCAGGUUGGUGUCAAUAGUUAUGGUUCAUUUGACUGGUUACAGGAGUUAUGUACACCCACGCCUGGGAACGUUUGUUUACAAAGACAGACAGAGUCCCUCUGUCCCCUUGGACCAUUAGGUUUCAGUGUGCCAGCAUGUUGUACUGAUGUGUAAUGGAGCCUUGAGUGCUGGCAGUGCUCCAGUGCCGCAACAAGGUGGCAUUUUUCAUUCUGGACAGUCGUUGUCUCUGAGAAUUGUUCUUAUUAUUUUGAAACGCACCCACGCUGAGGUGAAGGCUCUUCAGCCCAGACGGGAACAGUGCUGUGGGGUAUUUAUCCAUCAAAGGGGUUGAAAUAAUUCUGGCUUCUGGAAAGCCAAGAAGCUGUUAUGAAAUAAACAUUUCUGAAAUAAACAUUGUCAAACUUU